AAACUAAUCAUCAUCCUGAUUCUGUUGCAGUUGCAAAACCAAGUUGAUAAAGUUUUAAUUUGACUUCUUCGACUCCGGUUGUGCACGCGCGCACCGGAAAGGGGCAGAACUGAGGCUCAAGGCUGUGACGCGCGCGUGUAGCUCACAAGACGAGUGUGGAACGGCUUUAGACGAACAGAGAACGGCGGUGAGAAGUGAAGAGGUGACUGAAGAACCCUGAUGAGACGCGGAGUCGAGGGCUCUCCUCUAUUAGCUCCCUUUACAGAAGUGCUAGCUUAACACAAACGUUCCAACGCACGAUGCUCGCGCUCACCUUCACCUGCCUGGCGCUGCUGCUGCUGCUCUGUGGUUCGGUUCAGUCUGACAGAACAUCGCCCUUUUUGAUCACAGAGAACAUUUGGCCAAGAGGCUGUGUCCUGGACUGCCAUGGGGGGCGCCACAGAGCUGUGUGUGGCAACAACGGCAGGAUGUACAAAUCGAUGUGUGCCUUCCAGAGAGCUCAGUGCAUUAACACACAUCUGCGUCUGGCUCCAAGAGCCCACUGCUCAGAUCCAAGUCAGUCCAAGUGCCAGCAGGCCCGGGCUCAGGCCCUGGAGGCCAACGCCCGCAGGGGCAGCAGCCACAUUAGUCCUUCAGUUGCCAUGUUUGUGCCAGAGUGCCAUCCAGACGGUCACUUCCUUCCAGUGCAGUGCCACAACCAGACUGGCUACUGUUGGUGUUCCACACCAGAUGGCAAACCUCUCAGUGGGACGUCAGUUCUUCAUGAGGUCCCCAGCUGCACAGAUCAUGUUGCCAAAUUUGAGAUGCCAAUUAAAGAUGAAGAUGAUGAGACCGAGCCUACAGCGAACCCUAGGAAACCUCCAGAGCUCACAGCCCCUCCCAUCUGGGUGACCAUCCUGAUGAACUCAGUCAGAAAACCCACAGACAGUCCUCAGACGUGUGAGCGGGAGAGAGCGUCACUGCUCUCUCAGAUUCUCUCAGUCUGGCAGGACGAGCGUUUCAUCCCAGAAUGCACUGCAGACGGCUUUUACAACCCUGUGCAGUGUCACACAGCCACAGGCUACUGCUGGUGUGUGAGGGUGGACAGCGGCAGGCCACUGUCUGGCACCUCCACCAGAAAUAGUAUCCCAGACUGCUCUGGAGUAGAAGGUGAUCCAGGCCGACCUGACAGGAAUCUCAGUGAAAAACCUCUGCCUGGUUGUCCUGGCCCUCGUAAGGAGCAGUUCUUACAAAGUUUGCUCAGAGCCUUGCAACUGGAAGCAAAGCAUUCUGGGAGUUUGAAUCUUUACCAGGUCAUUUCCAAUUCUUCCUCCUCAACACCUGUUGCAUCUUCCUCCUCCUCCCCCUCUUCCUCAACACUCAGCGUUUCUCCAUCAACGUCUGUAGAGGCCGUCCAGUCUUCAAACCCACAGGAAGUGUUGCAGUGGCAUUUUGGUCAGCUGGACGUGGACUCCAGCGGGGUGCUGAGUGAACGUGAGGCUCGACCUCUGCGUCAGUUUCUCCGGCGGAAGCUGAAACCGCGGCGAUGUGCAAAGAAGUUCGCUCAGUACUGUGACAGGGACGGAGACCGAGGCCUGACUCUGGAGGAACUGAGGCUGUGUUUGGGCCUCUGAGCUUCAAAGUCAUAGACAGAUUAUUCCAGACCAAGGACCAACUUGUCUCCUCGCUGUAGGAGACAUUUCAUUUCAACCUCCUCCUAUACAUCAAACAGUGUUGUUUGUAUAAAAGCACAGCAAAUACUACAGUAUUUAUUUCUCACGUCUUCUGAAAGCAUCGUCUUUUCUGUUUUUAUGUUUUAUUACCAAGAUUUAUUACUUAUCUGUACUUCACAUAAGUUUGACAGUGUCUUUCAGACAUGUCUCCGUUUCUGUUUUUUGUUUUGUUUUUUCAGACAAACAACCAAAACGUUGGAUUAAAUGAAUAUGUGAUCUCAGUAAUAAAGAGUUCCCCUUUUGUAUGA